UAUCCAAGAUCAAUAUCGAUACUCAAAACAUCUCAUAAACCCAAGAAAUCAUGAGGCCGUCACAAGCUCUCUCGCACCUUGUCCUCCUCCUGGUUCUCACCUCGUCCAGAGCUUCCGUUUUGGAAGAGACGUGCCGUCUCUACGGCGGCGAUAGGUACGAGUACCCGCAUACCUAUGACUACUGCAUCAGAUUCUUCCGAGCCAGCAAGGACAGCGCCGCCGCAGACAAGCACGGCCUCAUCUUCAUCGCCAUGAACACCCGCAGGCGCAUCGCCGCCCUCAAGGCGGGGGGCAAGGACAAGAAGAUCCAAGCCUCCCUCGCCGCCUGCGACCAGCUCUACUCCAGCGCCGUGGGCCGGAUCGACGAGGCUGCCAGGGUCAUUUCAUCGGGAAAGUUGUUUGACGCAUUGACGAGCCUCGGCAACAACCUGGCCGUCGGCUACAACUGCGAGGAACAGUUCCGCAAGACCGGCGUGCGUUAUCCGUUGGCCGAAGAGGAGUACGACUUCUUUAACGAGUCCGUGUUCACUAAGGAUUUGACGGCGCGGCUGUGGUAUUAGCUAGCCGUCAAGGAUAUGUAUUGGGGUAACUUAUGCAGGAGUCUAGGGUCAUUUGGAUGAGCAAACUCCUCGAAUUUCUAAGCCCAGAACGUGAUCACUGAACUAUC